AUGGGUAAAGUAAAGGUGGAAAAGACGGAGGCCGGCGAAGAGGUCGAUAUGUCCAUCGUAAAGGAGGAGGAUUCGUACGAGGAAAAGAUACGGAAUGCGAGCGCAAUCGCGCAACCGAUGGCGUCCAAGAAGCUGACCAAAAAGAUACACAAACUCAUUGAAAAAGCAUCGAAACAGAAAAACUAUCUGCGCAAUGGGCUAAAGGAUGUACAGAUACGCUUGCGGAAGGGCGAGACUGGACUGGUUGUGUUUGCCGGUGAUGUGACACCGAUCGAAAUCAUGUGCCAUCUGCCGGCAGUGUGCGAAGAGAAGAAUAUCCCUUACUGCUACAUGCCCAGCCGGAAGGAUCUUGGUGCGGCGAUGGGUGUGAAGCGUGGUACGGUCGCUAUGCUGAUCCGCGAGCAUCCCGACUAUCAGGAACAGUACGAUAAGCUUAAGGUAGAACUUUCAACCCUUCCCAUACCUUCGUGAGCAGCUUGCCGAU